UCUUAUAGGUUCGCUGACGAAAGCUCAUCACCUACAUUACGUUCACCGAAAUUUGCACCCAGCCCACCGAAUAUCUACUACAAAGGCUGGUGGACAUUUCCAUAUUUUUCAUGUUCGCUCAGCAAAUGGAUAUUAUCGUACAGCAUUGCAAUACCACCGAAUGGUCGUCAUGGCUUGCGCGGUUUCAUAAGUAUCGAUAUUGAUGUGACGGGUUUGCGUGUCAAUCAAUGCGAAGCACCGGUAGCGUAUCGAUUCAAUUAUCAGCAAAUACAAACGAGACGUUUACAUUUGGUCGAUACGCAAACGAGUGAAUACAUAAAUGAUAUACAAGCGUUUCAUAAAUCGCACAAAUGUCAUCGUGAUACAAUGGUGUGUGAUUAUCGCUUGCCCACCUCCGAUUCACCGACAAUAACCACCAGCAAACUUUUGGCUACACCCAACACUUGGUCACGUGGCGCCUAUCAAUGUUUAUGCAAACGUGGCUUUUAUUCUAUACGCCAUCCAGAUGGCUUUAAUGGCACUAUUAUGGAAAUUGCCUGGAAAGAACAUCAGGAUAAUAUUAGCAAUUAUUAUUCCGAAGUUUUUAUUUGUCUACAAUGUGCACCGGGUUGUGACAGUUGUACGGGACCGGAACCUUGUUUAGCUGACUACAAUUGGCCUUUUAGAAUAUCUCUUCUUACCAUUUCGGUUGGUUGUGCUUUUGGUUGCUGUAUUCUGGCCGGAUAUUUAUUCCAUCAUCGGCGUGUUAAAGUUUUUAAAGUGGCAAGUCCAAUAUUUUUGCUAAUAACUCUUAUUGGAUGUGCGAUUAUGUAUUUAGAGAUGGUGGCUAUAUUCCCCUUUUUGGAUACAACUUGGUGUAUUAUAACAAAAUGGACAAGACACAUGGGUUUUUGUAUUACCUAUACAUCAUUGUUAAUGAAAACUUGGAGAGUAUCACUAACGUAUCGUGUAAAAUCAGCCCAUAAAGUUAAACUAACCGAUCAACAGCUAUUACAAUGGAUGGUACCCAUAUUACUGGUAAUGCUUAUAUAUUUGGGUACCUGGACAAUAUCGGAUACGCCCUAUGCUAUAUUUAUAAACGAUGAGGCUGGCUUAAAAUUUAAACAAUGCUCUUACAAUUGGUGGGAUCAUAGUUUGGCAAUUGGUGAAGUCUUAUUCUUAGCCUGGGGCAUACGUGUUUGCUAUAAUGUCCGCAAUGCAGAAUCUCUAUACAAUGAGGCUCGUCUCAUCUCAUAUGCCAUUUAUAAUAUAGCUCUUGUUAAUAUAACAAUGGUGGCAUUACACAUUUUAAUCUAUCCACAAGCGGGUCCGGACAUUAAAUACGCUUUGGGUUUUCUCAGAACCCAACUAUCGACCACCACUACAAUUGCUCUUGUAUUUGGACCGAAAAUAUCGCGUAUCUUUAAAGGACAAGGUGAUAAAUGGGAUCAAAAAGCUAAAGUUAGAAGUAUAACAGCAUCAUUUUCAUUAAACGGUGUGGGUUUGGUACCAGACGAAUCCCCAGAUUUAUAUCAAGAAAAUGAAGAACUUAAGGAACAAAUACAAAAAUUAGCCCAUCAAAUAGAAUUCAUGAAGACUGUACAUAUGCAAAUAAAUAAUAGACAUUUGAAACCAAAACCGGGUGGUUAUUUUACCAUAACAUCCACCUCGUUCCAGGCUCCAUUCAGUAAAAGUAAUAUGUCUUCAACACAAACACAAACUUCCAAAACGGGACAGGAUGAUUCACAUACAGGUUCCCUUAAUAAAGGAUUCCCCACCAAUCUAACACCGACAAAAUCAAAAACAAAAACUACCGAAAAAGUUUGACGAGGUCAACGAAGUGAAAAUGAUUGCUCAAAUGAUAAUUUUAUUUGGACUACAACGGAAUCGCCAUUCGAACAACGUGGCCCGC